AUGGCUGCAACCUUUGCUUCCAGAUGUGCCCGUGUGGGUCGUUCUCUGUUUGGUGGAUUAAGCAACAGUUCCCCUGGUUUGUUUACCACAUCACAUGAGAUGACAUGCAACAAUUUGUUUACUCAGCAGCAACGCACCUUCAUCCAGAUGAGGACUGUUCUCAAGGUUGUAGAUAACUCGGGGGCUAAAAAGGUGAUGUGCAUACAGGCAUUGAAAGGCAAGAAAGGGGCAAGAUUAGGUGACACAAUAAUAGCAUCAGUGAAGGAAGCACAUCCCAAUGGAAAAGUGAAGAAAGGAAAGGUUGUAUAUGGGGUGGUUGUGCGUGCAGCAAUGCAAAAGGGGCGUUGUGAUGGCAGUGAGGUCAAGUUUGAUGAUAAUGCUGUGGUUCUUGUUGACAAGCAAGGCCAACCCAUUGGAACCAGAGUUUUUGGACCAGUGCCUCAUGAGCUGAGGCAAAAGAAGCAUGUCAAGAUCCUUACCUUGGCAGGGGAAAAGAAGGCUUUUGGGUUCGCCCUCAAACAUUCUUUGCUUGCUUUCUUCUUCAUCAUGGGCAUCCUUGGAACAAUGGCAAGACAUUUGGACACAAUAGUGGGGCCUGGAGUGUUGCUCCUUUAUCCUUUAUACGCAUCAAUGAGGGCAAUUGAGAGUCCUUCAACCUUGGAUGAUCAACAGUGGCUAACAUAUUGGAUUUUAUACUCCUUCAUCACCCUCUUUGAGCUUUCAUGCUACAAGAUCCUAGCAUGGUUUCCACUUUGGCCAUACAUGAAGCUAGUGUUUUGCCUCUGGCUGGUAUUGCCAACGUUCAAUGGAGCUGCUUACAUAUAUGAGAACUAUGUGAGGCAAUAUGUGAAGAAUAUAGGAAGCUUCUAUGGAAAUUCUAAGCAUCCUGAGGACCAAAAGCAAGUUCUUCAAAUGUUGAGUUUUGAUGCAAGGAAAGCUGUUGAACGUUAUAUAGAUACAUAUGGUUCUGAAGCCUUUGAGAGAGUGGUGAAAGCAGCUGACAGAGAAGCAAGGAGGCACUGA